CUUCAUGACACAUCAAAACCAAUAUGGGAGAGCAGGGCUACGUCUCCAAUAAUCGAGCGUAUACCAACAUCCAAGUUCAAGUUAAAAUUGAAAUAUGGGGGUUAUUUUCGUCUAACAAAGAACGAUUUCAACUACAUGAAGAAGUGACAAAGCGUUAUGAAUCAAAGAAUAACCCAAAAUUUUCUAUUCUUUAUGUUGAAAAGUAUACACCAGACAAAUCCUUUAUUGAACUUGAUUCUGAUGAAAAGUUCAUGGCUAUGCUUAGCAUAGAUGAACCACACAAUGAGUAUGAUGCAGACCUUUGUCCUAGUGAAGAAAGCUAUCAUAGUCAUCUCAUCUCUGAUAAUGAAGACGAUCUAAUGAAUGAUGAUGAUGAAGUUUACUCAGUUAGUAAGAAUAGUAUACGUAUGGAAGUCGACUCAAAAUUUGAAAGCGUGGUUGAUUUUAGGAGAUCUUUGAACCACUUUGCAGUCACAAAUGAGUUUAACUACUACAUUCAGAAAAGUGACCCGACAAGAUUCACAGCAAGGUGUGAAAACCUAGAGUGUGAGUGGAGAAUUCAUGCUUCUAUUACACAAGAUGAAGUUACCUUUGAAGUUAAGAAAAUGGUAGAAGUACAUACUUGCACUUGA